UGUCUUCAUGACGGCCCCAGUGGACCAUGUCACUGAUCCUGUUUGCCUUUGUGGUGCGGGUGAGGGAUGGGCUCCCACUCUCAGCCUCCACAGAUUUUGAACACGACAGGGAGUUACAAGAGCGCAAGCAGCAGCUGAAGACUGUAUCUAAAGCUUUAUCGUUGCUUCCAGAAAGAGGCACGGUGAAAGGAUCUUAUCUUAACAUAUACUUCAUCUCCUCAGAAGGUGUUUCCUACAUGACAAUCUGCUCCAGUAGCUUCACAGCCGCCAUGGCUUUUUGCUUCUUGGAGGAUCUCAGAUGGGAGUUCAGAGCUUCGUAUGACAACACCAGCAUUGGCUUGGUCUCCAGACCCUAUCCAUUUCUGGAGUUUGACAGUGUUAUUCAGAAGAUUAAACAUCAUUACAGCUACAGCCGCUUCCCCUCACUGAGAAUGAACCUGGCAGCAGUUGAGGAGGAGCUCAGGGUGAGACCUUCCAAGAUCCUGACAGCGGAGGACAUGGUGAUGCACAAUGGAACAGCUAGUGGGCAUGCACAGCCUGUCUCAGGGACUGCUGCAAGUGAAAGAAUGGAGCCAGUGACAGCCCUGGGGAUCCUCUCUCUGCUUCUCAACAUCAUGUGUGCAUCGCUGAACCUCAUCCGAGGGGUUCACCUCAUUGAAUACACUCUCCAGGAUGGCAGUGAAGGGGUCUGGAAUGCACUCGCAUUUCUUUUAGCUUUUUUCUGCGGUUUGUGGCAGUGCUACUUGUAUUUGUUCUUCACCUCAUUAAAGAAGCUGCAGGUCUUCCUGGCACUGGCCUUUGUGCUUCUGUGCAAUAUCUAUUUAUAUGAACUCAGAAAUAUUUGGCAAAUACUAUUCCACACAGCAGUGGCAUCUCUUUCUACAUAUCAGAUUUCCACAAGAAAACUUCAAGAGAAGCUCGACGACUGUGGAGUGUGAAAACU